AUGGUAGACGAAAAGAAAAAGACAGACACCCAGAAACAAGUCGAACAGAAUUCACAAUUUUACGAGCACGGCACAAGCCUUAUCGAACAUAUCUUCGGCAGCUUUAUCCACGUAUUUCGCUUGACUCCUGGUGAAACUCUCGCCAACGCAGUCACCCGACAUGAACACUACCUAGCACUAUGGUUGAAAGUGAACAAAUACCAAAAAGUCCUAGACGUCGGUUGCGGCAACGGCGGGCCCACACGAGAAAUCGCGCGAUUUCUUGACGUGAACGUUGUCGGUGUUGAUUUGGAAGAGCAUCACAUUCAGCAUGCAAAGAGGUUUACAGCGGCAGCCAAACUGGAAGAUCGCGUCUCGUUCAAGGCAGCAGACUUCAUGGAUAUGAAGCUCGACGAAGCCUCAUUUGACGGUGCUUAUUCUAUCGAGGCAACUGCUUACGCACCUGAUCUCCAAGCUGUAUACGCGCAGAUCUUCAAAGUCCUUCGACCGGGUGCAAGAUUUGCUGUCUACGAGCCAGUCUUGGCGAGUAAGUAUCGCAAUGAUGACCCGGAGCAUCGCGAGAUCCGACGUAAAUAUGAACAAGUAUUUGCAGCGCCACCACUCCGGGAGGCAUCGGCGGCAGUUGAAGCAAUGAAGGCGGCGGGCUUCGAGAUGGAACUUGCGGAAGAUUUGGCGGAACGACCAGGAAGUAUGCCAUGGUAUUCCCCUAUUGAUGGGUCAUAUGGCAUGAUGGCGUCGGUGUCAGAUACGUUUGCCAAGAAUUACUAUUCGUUCCUUAUGAGCUCGUUCAGAUCUCGGGGGAUCCUGUACUAUUUGACUGGGGCUCUUGAGAAGCUCAGGAUCCUGCCAUUCGGGACGCGAGACGAGGCAGUGCAGAUAAUGGAGGCAAUGGGUUCCCUUUUAAAGGCGGGUGAGAGGGGAAUUGUUACGCCGAUGUUCUUGAUGGUUGGGAGGAAGCCCGCAGCCUAG